CAAUAUUUGCUCAUCGUUGGCCCGCGCUGUCCUUUAUCAUCGCUCGAGGCGGGUGGAGGGCUGCACGCCACGCAUAUCUCUCGCGCCACCGAGUCCAUUCCAUUCCACGCGUGCAUUUUCUACCCCCCUCCCCUCACUUUUUCGCGGAGCUAUUGAGUGGUGUCAUGACUGAAAGCUCGCCUGUUCACCCAACACAAUGUUUUAUGGAUUAUCUUCCCUUGUAGCAACGAGAGAUAGAUGUGGAAGGAACGCGGAGCGAGACGGAGCACUGCCCGGGUUACAGCAGUAGCCUAAAAACCGGGCGACUGGGGGGUUCCAUUCAACCGGGCUUUUCUAAUGCCCGUCGAUUUCGUGGGGCUCGGUUCGCUUCACUUCUGUGAUCAUGCUUUACUUCCAGCUGGUGAUCAUGGCAGGGACUGUCAUGUUGGCUUACUACUUUGAGUACACCGACACUUUCAACGUGCACGUCCAAGGGUUUUUCUGCUAUGACAAUGCAUACACGAAGCCCUACCUUGGACCCGAGGCGUCCAGCGCUGUUCCUCCUGCCAUACUCUAUGCAGUGGUCUGCGGAGUGCCGUCGCUUCUGAUCACAGCGAUAGAGUCGUUGUUGUUUCUGCUCCAGUAUGUGUCAGAGGACCUGGACAAUCGGGAGAAGAUCAUUGUCAUGGGAGACUGCUGUUACCUCAACCCUCUGGUGCGCAGGACCUUCCGCUUCCUGGGUGUGUACGCUUUUGGCCUUUUCUCCACUGACAUAUUUGUGAACGCGGGCCAAGUGGUGACGGGGAACCUGUCCCCCCACUUCCUGACGGUGUGUAAGCCCAACUACACGGCCCUGGGCUGCGUGCAGACCGCCCGCUUCGUCAACCAACAGGGGGCGUGCACGGGCAACGAGGAUGACAUCAUGCACGCCCGCAAAUCCUUCCCCUCCAAAGAGGCGGCGCUCAGUGUCUAUGCCGCACUCUACACAGCGAUGUACAUCACGUUAAAAGUGAAGGCCAAGGGGACCAAGCUGGCCAAGCCACUCCUAUCUCUGGGACUUAUGUGUCUGGCCUUCCUCACAGGAAUCAACAGGGUAGUGGAGUACCGCAACCACUGGUGUGACGUCAUCGCCGGGUUCAUCAUCGGAGGGGCAAUAGCAGUCUUCAUGGUUCUAGGGGUGGUGCAGAACUUCAAAGGGAAGAGCCUGCUGAAUGAGAUCCCGCCGGAGGAGAGUGUGGUCAGCAGUAUUCCUAUGAUGGGCCAGCCCAGGAUCAUGGACAACACAAUGGAGAAGUACAUAGCCUCACAGAAUCCUAUUACUUUUGCCGAGGUUACAUGACAAUGAAUGUGUCACAUGACACACAUUGUUUGGACGUGGUUGCUGCUCGCUUAUCAGUCAUCAUGGUCGCCAGAGGGAGGGAGGGUCACACAGAUCCUGAUGUUGACGUGUAUCUAUACUAGGGUUGGGGAUCAAUUACAUUUAAAUUCAGGCAUAAAACUGAAAUUCCUAUUCAACUAUUUACUUCUCAAUAUACUGAAAACCUUUUCAGUUUUUGAAUUGUAUAUUUAAAUAACUUCCAGAAUUAACUGAGUGACUUUAAUUAUAAUUGGCCCCAACCCUGAUCUAUACAGUAUGACACUAUUUCCAAUCAAACAUUAUGUUCACCCUGAUCAUUCCAAAGGAAUUGUAGAUAUUUCUGUAGCUUUACCAGUUUAUUUUAUUAUUUCCAACCAAUCAUCAUUUUCUCUCCUUCUUUCUUCUUCUUCAUUACUCUCUCCUGUUGCAGUUUGACGUUUAUUGUCAUGAAUCUUUCCCUGGCGGCAGAAGUGAGUGCUGCUGGCCCAUCUAGUGGAAAUCAAUGUCACAAUUGGCUAUUUCGUAAAAAUUCAUGUAAACAAACAUUUGAUUUUUGGUCUUAAGGUUAGGCAUUAAGGUUAGCAGUGUGGUUAACACUAUUGUUAAGUUUAGGUUUCAAAUCAGAUUGUUUGACUUUGUGACUGUGCCAGCAAGUGAGCACUCUGCAGAGCUGCCUCCAGAACACGAGUCAUCCCAAUAAAAUGCCAAGCUGCUCUUCUGUUCUGCUGAUUAUUGGUGUUCAUUGAAUUCCCCAAAAGUAUUCCUUAUUUUAUAUACUGUACCAAACAAACAUAAUACUGCUGUAUAUGCAUUUUUAUUUCCUCAAAGAUUACGAAUCCUAAAGCCCAACUGUGUAAACCUGUAUUAUGUUUAUUUCUUAUUAUGUUAUAUGUGUUGGCUUGACAGUAUGAUGUAUGUAUUGUAACCAGUGCAAUCCAAACUAUGUUGUCAGAGCCACUCUGUGGGUUUAUUUUCCCAACCUGAGAGAACGAAGAUCCAAAGAUCACUGACAUUUUAGUAUAGUCUUUAUUGGUAGUUUUCAGAGGAAUCCCUCUUGCGAUUAGCUAGAAAUACGUGGGUGUGCGACUGUGUGUACGUGUGCGAAUGGAUCCGUACAUGUGUGUGCAUGUGUACUGUAGGUGUGCUUGGUAAACGUUUCAACAUAAUUUUCUCUUGUGGAUUGAAGGAUGUUGCUUAGGGCUUGCCAGACAAUCAACAAGCAUAAUAUUGCCACGGUCAGGCAACAGAGCUAUUAUGGAAAUAAGAUGGAAAUAUAAAGAUGUUUUUUAAGAGGGUGUGUUUUUAUUCCUCAGUUCUAUUUUAAUGUGUUGCAAAAGCAUUGAUCUUUUUGUAUAUUUUCAACAUUUCAUUAAAUUGAUAUGCUAUAUGUUUUGUGUAUUGUGUAUUGAUUCAUACUGUAUGUUGAUAUGGCAGAUACUUGUUUAGUACAAUAUGGAGUAUUGUUUUAAACUCACAGGCCAGCAAUGAGAUUCAUAGUUGAUGUACGACUAGACGUCAGUUUCCCGAAUGCAUUGUGGUUGAAGUUGUUUUUAUACCACCACAGUUUGAUGACAUCUCCUGUUGUAUGUUCUUCUCCAUGAUUACAUUUUUACACCAUUUUUAUACCCUUAUACUGUAUGUGACUGUACUGUUUACCUAAAUGUCUUACUGUAUGUCCCCUCAAUGUCUCAUAGAUAUCAUCUGAACAUUGAGAGUUUCGGUAUUCAUGGGGCGUUAGAAAAAGUUUUCUAUCCAUGUAGAGUUUGAUUAUAUGGUUUUUAUGCAUUUAACAUUUUAAAAAAUUAAUUCCUUUCAUACUUUUUCUAGAAAUGUAUGGGACAUUUGAAUGAUUCUGGAGAUGUUCACUGUCAACCAUUAUGGUACUUUCAAAAAGAUGUAAAGAUAUAUUAAUUAUUAUAUAUCAUAUCAAAUAUAUCAUAUUAAAGUUGGAUUUGUGUAUUGUUUUGAUUUUAGUUUCUGAGUGUUGUUUUUUUCCUUUGUACAGCUUGUGUUACUAUUCUAACCUCUAUGACUCUUCUGUUUUGUUACUAUUAACUUCUGUUUUGAUAUUGUCCCAUUCUACCUGAUCUUUGUUUAUUGAUCUUGUCACUAUGAAUAACAGUAGCCCAGCAGCAGCACCUCUUACACUGUAGAAACAUGUAAAAGAACCAAACCGUGAGAAAGUUGCGGGGUGAAAUGUAUUUGAAUAUAAUCUAAAUAAAUAUGUUCUACUCAGG